AUGUAUCGCAUACUAUUUCCUGAAGAUACAAGCAUUCCUAGCCCCUAUAAAGAGGUGCCGUCUGACCGCACCGACGAAUUCAGAGCCUGGGCUGCAGAAAUCGAAGGCAUUCGCAAUUCUUCGUCUUUGGAUGUCCGUACGCAAAUACAGCAAAUCAUGAGUGUCGCCAAAAAAGCAAUACGUGAGGUAUGCAGCCAAUCUUCAGGAGUCCAGCAUGACUUCCAAGACACGACCAGUGGAGACGUUAUGGCCGCUGCAUACAGUGGGACAAUUGAUAUGUCAUCUACAUGUACUCCCGACCUUGGCCCAUUGGGGGAGUACAUGAGUCUAUCCGCGGAUCUCAUAGACGCCAGCCAACUAUCCGGAGUUUCAGCUUCGAUGUUUGGCGACCAAGACGACUCUGCAUCUCAUACAUUGGAUUCAUCUUAUGCCAUGGAUACUGAUUUAAUGGGAAUCGGAGAAUUCCCAUACUAG